AUGUAUGCGGGCAUACCCUCAUACGCGCCUCAGCAGCAGUCCUACUAUCCCUCAUAUCCAUCUAAUGGCCUACAGCAACAGACCCAGAUGCCUCCAGGCCUUCUGCAGCAGCCUGCGCAGGGGCAGGGGCAGGGUCAACCAACGACAUUUCCUGCCUACCAGCAGCAGCAGCAGCAACAGCAACCGUCGCCCUCGACCAAUGGUCCGAGAUUCGAGCAGAACUCGCAGCUGCCCCUUCCUACGCCGCCCUUUCCUCCUUUCCCUCCUCCUCCCAUCAACUUCAAUACCGACUUCUUCAAACAAUUUGCGAGCGGGAGCUUUCUGCCUCCACCUCCUCCCAAUCUCCCUCCAGUGCCUCUUCCCAGCCCCGGAUAUUCCCAGCUGACUGCCGCGGUGAAUACGUCCACCUCAUCACCAUAUUCACAGUUUUCUGCAGCUGGAGUACAAGGUUUUGGUUCAGGUUUUGUUCAAAAUGAACAGACGCGGCAGCAGCACGGCGACCCAUACAUAGGUUCACAACAAGGCGCCCAUGCUGGGACGGAAUGGCCAAGAGAUAGCCACACAUACAACGCACCUAUGGCAGCACAGAGCGCAAGUGCAAGCAAUCCGCGCCCCAUUUCUAGGGGUGUGAUAAGCCUUGUCAAGGAGAAAGAUCAGUCGCUUCCCUCGUUUGGCUCGAGAUCUGACCUUGACAUGCUUUUCGCGACUGCCCAGAAUCUGAUGGGACCAGAGACGCCUGCGCACGAAACGGCUGUGCCUCACGAUAUGGAUAGAGACGACCUUGGCGAGCAUGAUCCAGCAAUGGAUGGUGGUGCUUCCCCCUAUGAUCCGACACGCCCAGCGACCAUCCAAGACCGAUCGUCCGGCAGCUUCGGGCCCGCCAGCAACGCCGUUAAAGCUAACGGCCUGAAGAAGGUGGAGAGAGUCUACGACAACAAGUCACACAUUGAGUUGAGACAACUCGCUAAGGGUGCAGUUCUAUCUCUCGUACCUCACAAAAUCCUUUACGCAGAUCUGGUCAAGGAAGGCGUGAAUCCGCUGAUUUUGCGGGAGUUGUAUGGAGAGCUUGGCCUCAAGAUUGAACCGGAGCAAUACAGAGAAGAUAUUUCCAUGUCUGGCACGAACGAAACACCGCCAGCUCACUCGCCAAAGGUCGAUAUGUAUGAAUACGCCGUCACACAAACUGGUGCUCAAACUGUCAUCCCAGCAGCUUCUGCUGCUACUGCUGCGUCGGCAGUGGCCGCUGAGCCUCCGCCACUGACGGCGAGCCUGGAUGCGAGAAAGCAACAGCCAGCACCAAAUGCCAGCCUGGAGCGCAAAGAUAGGAUUGCCCAGCUCCUUGCUGCGAAGGCGGGUCGGUCUACUCCUCCCCAGGUCGUUCAACCCGCCGUUUCACGAGAAGAGCCUUCCCUGUCACUUCCUGCCACGGCCCCCACAAACUCGACGGAAGUUGCUGCAACCUCUGCUACCUCCCAAGUUGCUCCUGUCACCCAGCCAGAAACUCCUGCCACUCUGUCCGUUACUGGUGUCAACAAAUCGAAGGGGCCAGUUGGGCUGGUGAAGCAGAAGAUGGAACAGCUGAAGCGUGAGGCACAGGCCCGGAGCGAAGCUAAUGUAACACAACCUUCUUCGGCACAAGCGGCCACUCCUGACCGUAACGAUUCGGUGGACGUGACCGAGUCGAGUCUUCACCUCGGAACCUUUACGCCUCUGUCGGCAAGCAAAGUGUCAUCCUUCAAUCAGCCCUCAAUAACCUCUCUGAUACCAGGGUUGUUUAUGAGUUCCAGCGAGGCGCCCCGGGUCGCUGAAUCAGUCAGUGUAUCUUUAUCGUUCCAGUCGACGUCAUCCCUGAUCCCAGCGAAGCGCUCCUCGGACCUAAACACCGCUCCAUCAGCCUUCCAGCCACCAAACAAGAGACCGAAUACGCGACAGGACCUGCCAGAUACGUCUGCUAUUCCACCUGCAGACAGUGACCUCGAUUAUGAGUCGGAGGGCGAAGUUGUGGAAGAUAUCGAAAAUAAUGGCAUGGUCCUAGAUCAGGAGCCUGACCAAAGUUCUCGACGGGAAUAUCAGCCUCAAGGGUCGUCCCUUGCCACCUCUCCCUCCUUGAACAGAUCCGGCGGUGUUGACCAAGUAGCCGCGGCGUCGCUGCAGAUUGCGUCUAACAAUGGACCUGAGAGUGAUCAACUGUACCGAGCCAAGCAGUCUGAGAUAGAGGCUAUGCGGCGAAAGAUUGCUGAGAUGGAGCGCAACAAGUUGAAGAAAACCCGGAGCCAGUUGGGAUCGCCGUCGUCUUCGAAGCCUGCAACACCUCCAGUUGGUGGCGAAGAACAUCAGCCGAGCAGCUCGCCAAUCGCUCAGCCGCUUGAGUUGAGUGGAUCUCAGCGAAAACCUUUCGGGAAUAGGACCGCGUCCAAAUUGACUCGCGAGCAACUUCAAGAGCGAGCUGCCGCUCUGAAGGCGGAAGUUUUAAGGCAACGAUCACAACGUCAACAAGUGUUGCAAGAGGGCCUACCAGAUCUUAACGCCGAAGUAAAGAAGACUGGGAGUCGGCUGGAGAAUUCGCGCAAAGAGCUAAGCCGGAUUCGUGGACAUAUCCAAAGCCUCCAGGAAGAGUUGAACCGAUUGGUUGCGCAGGAGAAGGAGCUUAAUGAGGAGGUUGGGCGGUUCGAACAGCAGCUCAAGCAAGGCCAAGAAGGUCAGAAGCAAUACUCAGACGAGUUGCAACAGAUCAAGCUCGAGAAACUUGCCGAAGAACAAGCAUUACCUGCUCAGCAAGAACCGGUCAUCACCCCGGCAGCGCAGCCGGCAAUUAAAACAGAUUCACAGACACUGCCAAGCCUGAGCAACGGAGAUGGCGCCAGCCAAGGGCCUGUCCACCAAGACGACCAGGGUCUGCACGCCGUACAGCUGGGCUCUGCCACCGCUAUGCUUGCCGAGGGUGAUACUAUAAUGCGAAUGGACGACAAUGGCGACAGCCUAGCGCCAAACCAGAACGCGUCCUCUGCACUCGAACCCGCGAUUGAGCACGAACAGGAAAUGCGGAUAGGCGAUGUUACAGAGCCUCCUGCUCCCGACCCUUUUGAGAUCACUCCGCCUGAAGAACCCGAUACCGCCGAUGCGCAGCUUCAGGCUGCCCUUGAUGAUCAACUGGGAGCAGGCGAAAUGGAGAUUUCGCCGGAACCUGAAUAUUACGAGGAACCUCACGAGACGCUGCCCAAAACCUCUGUGGGACAAGAGUUGACGGAGGAGACCAUGGACGUGGACAAUGAUAGUAACGGAAGCGCGAGCAUGUCUGGUUCAGAUGAUGAAGAGGAAGGGGAGUACGAGCCGGCUGCGGCCGGCUCUUCUGCGUCUAUCCAAGAAGGCGAGUACGAGCCUGCCGAUGUCGACACUUCUGUGCCAAUGCAACAAUCGGAUGACGAAGACGAAUACGACCCUGAGACAGCCCAUAUCGAAAGUGGCACCCCAACGACUGCAGUUCCAGAUGAUACCGACGAUUUCCACAAUACAACGGCAGUUAUGGAUGGAGUAGGAGCCGUUGCCAUUCCGGCCGUGUCUGAGGCUCCUGUCAACGGUAGUUCCGCAACGGCGUUCAAGGCUGUCGGGUCUCCCAUGGAAGAGCGAGCUCCGAUUGAUGAUGUCUCUGUUGUUUCGGAAGUCCCAACUAACACCCGGGACGAUCUUGAAUCAGAUGCCCAACUUACCGAGGUCGAUGCCAUAGUCAAACCGCCACCAAGACAGAGCGAAACAGCUGAAGCCGUUCCUUUCCUCGGCAGCACCAGUACUACAUCCAUCCACUACGUACCCUACAAAACGCCCUUCAGCUCCUUCAAGAGCUAUCGGUUUCACUCUGACUUUAACGAUACGGUCAAAUCGGGCUACCGUUCGCUGACAUACAGCAAUAACAUCGAUCACUCUCGCCCUCUCUGUCCAACUGAACUUUCUGGCCAGACCUGCAGUGAUCAGAAUUGCGAAGAGCAGCAUUUCAGCCAGCUGGGUUUGCCAGACGAGAAGAUCCUUGUGCAAAUGUCUUCGGCGAGCGAUAUCAAGGAUAAAGCCACCAAGGAUGAAUUUCACGCAGGGCUGAAGCAGGUUAUCGCCGAACUGAGAGCCAAUGAGGUCAAGGACUUUGAGAAGGUGGCCGAAGCCCUUUCGAAGUAUCGACGAGAUUUCUCUGCUGCGAGGGAGGAGAAGGAUAAUGAGCCAGCGACAGCAACCAAGGAAGCCGAAUCUAUACCCGUUGAAGGAGGUCCAGAUGCUUAG